AAGAGCCCUGUGUUCAUGAUAUCUCAUCAACAUGGUUGAGGGAGUGGAUUGCAAGAUUACCAAAGCAUUGAGGGCCGUAGGGUGGGACCACAACGUGUCGCAAGUCGGCAAUAUUAAAAUCAAAAAGACUGCACGAACAAUUGACAUUGUUAGGCAUGCAAGCUCUUCUCGGCGUCUUCCUGCACCUCUGACGUCACUGCACCAAAGACAAGCCUUACAAAAGUAACAAAUGCGUAGCAUGAUGGUGGUGUUGACAUCAACGAUACAUCCUUCUACCUAGGUCCCGCUCGAAUAUGCUCGCUGCAUCCAUCACCAUCAUCUUCUCGCCCUACCACAUCGGUCUGCGCGACCACCGCGUCGGCGAUGGCCCGAACCGUAUACGGGCCCUCGGUCUCGUAUCCCAGUUACAAAACCUAGGCGUCACCGUCCACAUCGACGAGAUCUCCUCCGUCGAUGACUUCGAAGGCGAGAUAGGUCGAAGUUUCGAAGUCCUCCGCCGUACCUCUCUAGCCGUCAGCAAAGCUCGAGAUGGCAACUCCUUCCCCUUCAUCCUCUCCGGCAACUGCAUGGCCAGCGUAGGAGCAGCAUGCGGGUUGGGUAUCAGGGAUCUCAACUUCAUCUACUUCGAUGCCCAUGACGACAUGGAUACACCUUCGACGAACGAAAAUGGAUAUUUCGAUGCCAUGGGCCUGUCCAUGUUGGCGGGCAAGAGCUGGCAUUGGCAUACGGAGCAGAUACCGGGGUACACACCGAUGGACUACAAAGACCGGUUCUUGUACGUCGGGCUGCGCGAUGUGAACGAGACGCAGAAGAAGACGGUCGCGGAGGCUGGAGCGGACGUCAUCUGGGGUGAGGCUGAGAAGGCUGUGGAUUUCCCGGGCGAGUUGGAAAAGCGACUUGAUGCGAGGGCUAUGUCGCCAUCGCUUGUGCAUCUCGACUUGGACGUCCUGGAUAAAAGUGUGGGCAUGGUUAAUGAGUUUGAAAGCGAGGGUGGACUACAGGAAGAGGAUGUAGUCAAGUGUAUGGGUUUGUUGCCGAAGAAGGUCACGCCGGUAUCGUUUACCAUGUGCUCUUUCAACCCGAAUCUGGGUGAUGGAGAUAAGAUCGCAGGUAUAGGUAUCCGCGCUGCCGUAGCAUUCGUGGAGUCGUUGAUCGUAACAUCAGUGCUAUUUGUGCAACGAUAGCGAAUGCGAUCAAGAGAAAUAUAUCAGACUUUGUAACAAUGAGACCGAUCACGAUUCGAGAAAAUGUAG